CACAGCAUCAGUGUCUUAGAAACGCCAUUGAUGAGCCAAAACCCUCUUUAAACCCUUUCAUCAGGUUUUUCCUUUCUUCUCCUGAAACCCUAAGCCUACCAAAUCGUCCAUGAAAUCCGUUUUCCGUACCAUUUCUAGUCGCCGUCAUUCCGGCCACCGAACAUUCGCCGAUACGGCGGCUGAAGAUGUCUACAAAUUCGUAAGAGACAGAGGUCUCGACCACGCGGUUGAAAGAGAGAAGAAUCUGAGACCACUUCUCAGCAUCAAAGACCUAAUCAGGUCGGAGCCUGCAAAAUCAGUCCCGAUCUCAGUUAUCACCACUCAGAGAGAUUCACUGCGAGUUCCUCUCCGUCCCAUCGAGUUCAUCCGAAGCUUCCCUUCCGUUUUCCAGGAGUUUCUUCCCGGAGGAAUUGGUAUUCAUCCUCACAUCAGCCUCACGCCGGAGAUUCUGAACCUCGACGCCGAUGAGCAAUUGGUUUACGGGAGUGAGUCUUAUAAGCAAGGGUUAGCUGAUAGGCUUCUGAAAUUGUUGAUGAUCAAUAGGAUUAAUAAAAUUCCUUUGGAGGUUCUUGAUUUGUUGAAAUGGGAUUUAGGUUUGCCUCAGGAUUACGUUGAAACUAUGGUACCUGAGUUCCCUGAUUAUUUUAGAGUUAUCAAAUCUAAGUUACGAGGAUGUAGUGGUGAGCUAGAACUUGUUUGUUGGAGUAGUGAGCAUGCUGUAUCUGUGUUGGAGAAGAAAGCUAGAAUGAUAGGAAAAGGAAAAGGAGAGUUUACGAAAGGAUCGCCGAUUGCUUUUCCUAUGAAGUUUUCAAAUGGUUUUGUGGUUGAUAAGAAGAUGAAGAAAUGGAUUGAUGAUUGGCAGAAACUGCCUUAUAUUUCUCCUUAUGAGAAUGCACUUCAUCUGUCUGCAACUAGCGAUGAGUCUGACAAGUGGGCGGCUGCUGUUUUGCACGAAAUCAUGAACCUUUUUGUGUCUAAGAAGGCUGAGAAAGAUGCUAUUUUGCAUCUCGGUGAGUUUAUGGGAUUGAGAUCUAGGUUUAAGAGAGUUCUCCAUAACCAUCCCGGCAUCUUUUAUUUGUCGAGUAAGCUUAGGACUCACACUGUGGUUCUUAGAGAUGGUUACAAGAGGGGAAUGCUGAUAGAGAGCAAUGAACUGGUGACAAGCAGGAACCGUUACAUGAAACUCAUGAAUACGGUUAAGAAAGACAACAAGGCAGUUUCUUCUACCAGCAAGAGAGAAGACAAGGGAAAAGUGGAAGGGGAAGUUUGUGACACUGAUGCAAAGGCUGGGAAUGAUGACAUUUCUGGUUCUGAUGUCGAGGAUGAUCGUAGAGGAGAUUUUGUUGAUGACGAUGAGGACGAUGAUGAAGAGGAUCAAAACCAGAGUCUGAAGCGUGGUAGUAGAAAUUCAAGUCCAAGAGCCGGUAGGAGGAGUUUUGGGAACUCAGGUUCACGAGAUAAGCCACAAUCGAGGCGGAACAAGAUCAGUUUAAAGACCGAGAAGAAAAGGAGUAGGAUGUAUUAAAGACUUUAAAUCCAUCUUUACUGGUGGCUGCAUUUUCAGCGGGUUUCUUCUCCUGUGUAAUAAUCUCACUCUAUAGCUUGUCAUUCUUACUUCUCAGGAAAACAUUUGAGUAUUUUUGAAAGAGUGAGUUAUGAUUCAAUGGCUAUGCUUACAAGUUGAAUUGCUA